ACAUUUUUAAUUUUUACACAUUUUACAUUUUUUAUAGACCAUAACUUUAUGCAAAGAUUCUAAUUCGGCUCUAGAUACCAUUACAAACUUAUUAGAAAACAUGUCUCUUAAUAACAGUACAAUCACCGUUCCAAGCAUACACGCCGCAAAAGCUAUUGCAGAUUUUCUGCCAUAUUUCGAUGGUAGACAUGACAGGAACAAGGCUGCUACACCUACUCCUGAUGAUAGCUCUGACGAUGACAUUCCCCUUUCCCAAUUAUUCAGUCAAAAUCACAAGAUUAACAAACCCGAUCCUUCCACUUCAGCUAGUGUUUUUCCUGUUUUUCAAUUUAACUAUACCCUAAUCCCAAAAUCCCAAUACCUUCUUUUCGACUUGAAAAACCACUGGAACACAGACCACCUUUGCACAGAAGUCGCAAAUAAAUACUUCUGUAAACACGAAGACUUAUUAGAAGCAGAUCCAUGCCUAGUAGAAAUUAUCAAAAAUGGAAGAAACACUUGUCCCAUAACAAGAAUACAGCAAUCAAGAACUCUGGUACAGCAGAUAUCUUCAUCUAAAGUAAUCAUAUGUCCAAGAGAGCCCACUACAGUGCAUUCGUCAUGUCCAGAAGACGGCCUGAUAGUUAUUUCUCAACCAAGUCUCAUAGAACUCCAGCGAUGCAGCUUAGAAAUCAAUCAACACAAGUUCUAUCCCUCAGAUCGCAUCGACCAUGAAACAAUUUUCCCUUUACCAGCUAUAAGCCUGACCAAUUUCACGAAGCAGAACCUUGUUGAUGUAACAAAAUUCAACUUGAAGACAAUCCAGAAUCUUCAAAUAUCCCAAGAACAAAUCAACGAAGACAGUAUCCAGUUCCCAGAUCGUCCCAUAGAGAAGACAAAUCUAAUCAUAUUUUUACUUCUUCUAUCAACUUUCAUUGGUUACAUCAUUUACCAAAUUUUAAAGAAGCUAAGAGAAGCAAGAAGACGUAGAGAAGAAGAAGCAGUUCCGGAUUCGCAAACUUUGGAUCCCCCGUUUGCUCAUCUUCGGCAGGGAGGAGUUAUAUAG